ACACUCACUCUCCAAGUGACCACUACUCAUCCGUUCAACAAUGUCUGACGUCGCCGUUGCCGCCGACACCACCGAAACUCCAGCAGCCCCAACGAAAGCUUCAAAAGCUACGAAGGCUUCAAAAGCUACGAAGGCUUCAAAAGCUACGAAGGCCAAGACUACCAAGGUGCCAAUGGUCAAGGCCGAUGCCGCCCAUCCACCAUUCAUCAAUAUGGUCACCGAAGCCAUCAGCAGCAUCAAGGACCGCAAAGGACCUUCCAGAGCCGCAAUUCUCAAGUAUAUCACUACAAAAUACACGCUUGGAGAUCAGGCUAACAAGAUCAACGCUCACCUCCGCAAAGCUCUUAACAAGGGGCUUGAAAGUAACGCCUUCGUCCAGGCUAGCGGAAAUGGAGCCAACGGACGGUUCCGUCUUGCCGAGAAGACAGCCUCCGUGGCCAAGUCGCCAGCUGCAGCAAAGAAGGACGCCACUGGAGAGAAGAAGGCUACGACGACCGUCGCCAAGAAGGCCGCCACUGGAGAGAAGAAGGCUACGACGACCGUCGCCAAGAAGGCCGCCACUGGAGAGAAGAAGGCUACGACGACCGUCGCCAAGAAGGCCGCCGCUGGAGACAAGGCCAAGAAGACUGAAGUCAAGGUGAAGAAGGUCAAGUCGCCGAAGAAGAUCGCCAAGUCUCCAGUCAACAAGGUCACCAAGUCUCCAGUCAAGAAGAUCGCCAAGUCUUCAUCCAUGAAAGCCGCUCCAAAGAAGGCCGCUGCCAAGCCAGCCAAGAAAGCUCCCGCCGCCGCCCCAGAGGCCUAAUCACAUUGUGUGAAUAAUCAAAUUAAUUUCGAUCUCACCAUUGUAUUAUAUCUCUCCCUCUUGUAGGUGUCCCAGAUACUGGUUUUUUUGCAUCUAAUCAUUAUUUAUUGUUCCUUUGACAAACCAAUUCCUAUCAAUGAACCAAUUACUGCA